CUGAAAGCCCAAACUUCUUUCACUUGGGUCACGGCGUUGUCACCCGCCGUCUCCUGUCCCCUUUGCAUCUGAGUUCCGUGUGUGCCUAAGUUCUCCAAUUGAUCGCGCUCGUGUUUCGCAGCUUCCAUUUGCAUCUCGGUUUCUCACCGCUUCUUUUGUCUCUUCAGGAUAUUGAGUUGCAAAUUAGAAUCACGUGUUUGCUCGUCCUUUUUCCUCAUUUUUGUCGAAGGAGGCAUCUGAUCAGUUGUUAGGGUCACUUGACGCAACAUCAGUGAACUCUGAUGGCAAGUCGUGCCAUUUCAAGAUGGAAAAUCCCUUAUUUGUCUGCGAUUUUUGUUCGUGACAUCAUGAGAACUCCGAAGAAAGAGUCCUUUUUGCCCAGUAGAUUGAUGAUUCCAGAAAUAGAAUGCAGUCUAGGUAAAACAAUGGGGAUUUUGAAGCAAUAUCACGAUGGAAGGCCGAGAGGGCCCCUUUGGAGAGGAAAGAAGCUGAUAGGCAAAGAAGCACUUUUUGUAGUAUUGGGUUUGAAGAGGUUUAAGAAUGAUGAGGAGAAGCUUCAAAAGUUCAUAAAGUCUCAUGUGUUGAGGCUUUUGAAGAUGGACAUGAUUGCCGUUCUCACUGAGCUGGAGCGCCAGGAAGAAGUUUCUUUGGCUCUCAUGAUGUUUAAGGUGAUACAAAAGCAAGAUUGGUACAAGCCUGAUGUAUUUUUGUACAAGGACUUGAUUAUUGCAUUGGCGAGGUCAAAGAAGAUGGAUGAAGUGAUGCACUUGUGGGAAAGCAUGAAGAAGGAGAACCUGUUCCCUGAUUCUCAGACAUAUACUGAAGUUAUUAGGGGUUUUUUAAAGUAUGGAUCUCCUGCAGAUGCAAUGAACAUAUAUGAGUACAUGAAGAAUUCUCCAGAUCCGCCGGAGGAGUUACCAUUCAGAAUUUUGUUGAAAGGACUCCUGCCAUAUCCUCUUUUGAGAAACAAAGUGAAACAAGAUUUUGAAGAGAUCUUUCCUGAUCAGCACAUCUAUGAUCCACCUGAAGAGAUAUUUGGCGUACACUGACGUGCAAACCUUUUUCUUCCCUUCCCUCCCCUUCAUUAUACUAUGAUGUGUUGACAUGGAAGAUGAAAUUGAUUAUGGACUGAGAAUAGAGUUGCCCUAGCAUGGUCUUUGCUUCGCAUGUUAGUCAUUCUGCCUCCUGCUACUUAAUCUGUUAACCCUUGUACCAUUAUGUUGGACACACCGGAGUAACAAAUUCACAGCUAUGAUUUCUUCUGGCUGACAUGGUCAUAUUUUUAGUACACCAAAAUUUGAGUGUUAGAUAUCUCUCCAUAUUAAUUUAUAAUGAUUUCUGUAUAAAAAUAAUGGCAACUCUGUUCUAUUAAUUUGAGUAUAUCAUCGUUAUGGUUA